AUGGCAGAGACCACCACGACCGCCAGUUUGACGCCGACGGACUUUGACAUCGAAAAGGUCAUCCAACAAGCUACACAAGCUGCGCAGGCCGACGGAAGACCAAUCCCACUCCGUGACACUCGAACUCAGCUUUUCGUCGCCAAUCUACCGUAUAGAGUGCGCUGGCAGGACCUUAAAGACUUGUUUCGAAGAGCAGGCACUGUUCUCAGAGCGGAUGUCUCGCUGGGACCUGACAACCGCUCACGAGGCUAUGGCACCGUUUUGCUAGCAACUGCAGAAGAUGCUGGUAGGGCGGUCGAUAUGUUUAGCGGCUAUUCCUGGCAAGGCCGCAUUUUAGAGGUCAGAGCAGACCGGGUCCGCGACUUCGACCAGCCUUUCCCCGAAAUCGAGGAGGAGUAUGCGCCUAUGGGUCGCAAUUUGUUUGUGGGCAAUCUGCCUUUUCAUGUCCAAUGGCAAGACCUGAAAGAUCUCUUUCGACAAGCAGGCACCAUCGUCCGAGCUGAUGUCGCAUUAGGGCCAGAGGGUCGGUCAAGGGGCUUUGGGACCGUAGUUUUCGCUACGGAGAAAGAUGCAAGAAGAGCGGUGACUAUGUUCUCCGGAUAUGAAUUCAACGGACGAACACUCAAAGUACACUACGACAAGUUUUCGCCAAGUCCGCAGCCAUUCGACAUCGGUUUGCCGCCCUCGGCUGCGUUUGACCUCGGAUUAGGCGCAGAUUAUACGGCUGAGAUCUUUCCUACGCCGCACCCUUUCAUCCAACCACGACCUUUCGAGCACUCCAUUGCACAAUUCCAAUCAUUACAACUCGACCCACAACUGUCAGAACCACCGGCCACUGUGUCUAGUAGGACGAGUCCGCCAAGUACAUCAUCAACCGCUCCAAGCACCCCCUCAACAUCGGUAAAGCGCAGUCCAACAUCCCCACAUCCUCAUCAUCCAGGGCCAAUCGCCCUGCCACCACCCCCUGCGAUCCCUUCAGAUCAAGCCGCUGGCCCAGCAGCAUUCAAUCCUCCGCCAUAUGGCCUAACUCCAGCCGGGCUGCCUCCAAUAACACCCAGCAUGCCGCCAUUUUCUUUCCAUCCAAUGCCUAUGCCAUCUCCCGGAACCAUUCCCCAGCCAGCCGCGGCAUCUUACUUCGCAGUCGGUCCGACCACACCAACACAUGGUGUCUACUCUGCUCCACACUUCCUGAAUGUUACCCCAUUGGCAACCCCAACUUCACCACACUUCCCAGCAUAUAUCAUGAACCCAGGAGUUCUGCCGAGUCCGGGACUGAAUGGUAUCGUCAUGGGACCACCAAGCGUCGGUGUCUUGUCUCCGGGAGCUUUCUGGGGUCGCGCAGGCGAAAACGGUGGGGUUUUCGGUGCGCCAGGACCUGUUGGUCAGCCGGUGAAUGGACAAGUGGGUUCAGUCCAUCCUGCUUUUGCGCAUCACUUCGGCGGAAGCCCCGGCGUGUUUGGUAUGCACUCUAUGGGCCCGCCAGAGGAACCCAAGGGGUAUUUUGACCUCGCUCCAACGCCCGUGUCUUCGGCCAUCAGUCGUGGAAUCGAGAAGGAGAUUCUCAAGACGCCUGACGGCAAGAAGGAUUCGGACUCAGUCGUUGAUGUGGUGGUUAAGGAAGAGCCGAGUCCAGAUUCGAGUGCGUUGGGUGAUGCAGAGACCCAAUCGAUGGCGGACGCGGAGGAAGAAGUCGAGUUGCUUACACCACCAUCAGAGGGGUACAAGGGUCGACGAUAUUCUUCCUACGACCAACCUCCACCAUCACCCAUUCGUGAGGGCCGCCGCGCACCCCCUCCACCGAUACAACUCCCGUCCAAGACGGGGUCUAGGUAA